AUGGCCAGCCCGCGCCGCCUCGCGGUAGCCGCUCGCCUUUCGCCGGUGAAACUUUUGAAGUCACACUUUGGAGACAUCCAGGUGGGUAUCUGUGUGGCAAUCCAGCGCAGUGACAAGCGGAUCCACCUCGCUGUGGUCACAGAGGUCAACAGAGAAAACUCUUGGGCCACGGUAGAGUGGAUUGAGAGAGGAGUCAAAAAAGGCAAGAAAAUUGAUCUGGAUACCAUAUUCCUGCUGAAUCCGUCUCUGAACUCUGCUGAAAGCCCCACGCCAUCCAGACGGCCGUCUCCAGACACUGGAGACCAGCGUACAGCCACGCGGUGGGUCGCAGUGAUCCCCCAGAGCAGCAAAACCCCCUCGGGGGACAGCGUGGCUGUGAGGGUCCCCAGCAACCCUUGUCUGAUGAAACAGAGAAAGUCUCCCUGCCUGCGGGAAAUCGAGAAACUGCAGAAGCAGCGGGAGAAGCGCAGGGGGCUGCAGCAGGAGAUCCGAACGAGACGUGCCCUAGAUGUCAACACCGGGAACCCCAAUUACGAAAUCAUGCACAUGAUUGAGAAGUACCGCAGGCACCUGGACAGUAGCCAGGUGUCAGGCCUGGAGCCCCCGGAAGACCAUCGGAUCUGCGUCUGCGUGCGGAAGCGGCCUCUCAACCAGCGAGAGACCACCAUGAACGACCUGGACAUCAUCACCAUCCCCUCCCACAACGUGGUGACGGUGCACGAGUCCAAGCAAAAGGUGGAUCUCACCCGCUACCUGGAAAACCAGACCUUCUGCUUCGACCAUGCUUUCGACGACACGGCCUCCAACGAGCUGGUGUACCAGUUCACUGCCCAGCCGCUGGUCGAGUCCAUCUUCCGCAAGGGCAUGGCCACCUGCUUCGCCUAUGGCCAGACGGGCAGCGGGAAGACGCACACCAUGGGCGGAGCAUUUUCCGGACGGGCCCAAGAUUGCUCUAAAGGCAUUUACGCCCUGGUUGCCCAGGACGUGUUUCUCCUCCUCAGAAACUCCACUUACGAGAAGUUGGACUUCAAAGUCUAUGGGACGUUUUUCGAGAUUUAUGGAGGCAAGGUGUACGAUUUGUUAAACUGGAAGAAGAAGCUGCAAGUCCUGGAGGAUGGCAAUCAGCAAAUCCAAGUGGUGGGGCUGCAGGAGCAGGAGGUCCACUCUGUGGAGGAGGUGCUGAACCUCGUCAAGAUAGGGAACAGCUGUCGGACGUCCAGACAGACAUCUGUCAACGCCCACUCGUCCAGGAGCCACGCCGUGUUCCAAAUCAUUCUCAAGUCCAGGGGGAAACUGCAUGGGAAGUUUUCCCUCGUUGAUUUAGCUGGGAAUGAAAGGGGAGCAGAUACUGCCAAGGCCAGUCGGAAGAGGCAGCUGGAAGGGGCAGAGAUUAACAAAAGUCUCCUAGCCCUCAAAGAAUGCAUCCUGGCUUUGGGUCAGAACAAGCCUCACACCCCAUUCAGAGCCAGCAAGCUCACGCAGGUGCUCCGCGACUCCUUCAUAGCGCAGAACUCCUUCACUUGCAUGAUCGCCACCAUCUCCCCCGGGAUGACCUCUUGUGAAAACACCCUCAACACUUUAAGAUAUGCAAACAGAGUGAAAGAAUUAACUCUGGAUGUAAGGCCCUGCCAUCGUUGCCUCUAUCCGACUGGGCAUGAGGCAUCCAAGAUGUUAGAAAACCAUAUGAGACAUUCAGAAAUAUCCCUUCAGAGGGAUGCCUUUCUUAAAAUGCCUUGCAUACAGAAGGAGGAGGCAAAAGAGAUUGAAGUAGUUGAAACGCUAGCCAUUCCCCUGAUGAAGGAUAUGACGACUUCGUGGAAGGAAUCUCGCCAGUGGUGGGAAAACAUCCAAAAGAUGGCGGAUGGGGUAAACCAUGAGGUCGAUUUUUGCAUUGCCCAGUCAUUAUCCAUUUUGGAGCAGAAAAUUGGUGUUCUGACUGAGAUCCAAGAUAAACUGAAAUUAUUACGAGCUGACCUCCAAAUCAAGGGCAAGGCAGAGUGA